ACGCAUCGAACAGUGCAGCCAUCGAUUUCCGCCUCCCUUAGCAAGUCAUGACUUACGGAUUGUUCACUCGUGCUUUAACCGCCGUUGUCUCCACGAAGAGCUGCAGCAAUCAAGCGCUACUACUUGGUGUCGCCUCGAAGUUGUCUGCUAUCAAUAAUAGUGCUGUGCGAAAUCAUUUGCAAAAGAACAAUUUUGCCACGAAAAUGAGUCUGCCGCGUUGCUUCUUCGAAAUGACCGUGGAUAACCAGCCGCUUGGCCGGAUCGUUAUCGAGCUGCGUCCUGAUGUAGUCCCAAAGACGGCGGAAAACUUCCGCGCCCUGUGCACCGGCGAAAAAGGAUUCGGCUACAAAGGAUCGAUUUUCCAUCGUGUCAUCCCGAACUUCAUGUGCCAGGGAGGCGACUUCCAGAACCACAACGGCACCGGCGGUAAGUCUAUCUACGGCAACAAGUUCGAGGACGAGAACUUCAACCUCAAGCACACUGGCCCAGGCAUCCUCUCAAUGGCCAACGCGGGCCCUCACACCAAUGGCUCGCAGUUUUUCAUCACCACCGUUAAGACCAGUUGGUUGGAUGAGCGUCACGUCGUGUUCGGCAGCGUUGUCGAGGGCAUGGACGUGGUGCGAAAGAUUGAAUCGUUCGGAUGCCACUCCGGCAAGCCGUCGAAACAGAUCGUCGUCGCCAACUGCGGCGAAUUGUAAUCAUCUUCAGUACUAGCUUCUUCAACUUUCCUCCAGUUUAUUUUUUUUACUAAAUAUUAGCGGCAGAAUGAAUUCAAGAUAAAUCUUCUUACCGAAGUGUAUCAUCGGAAAUCAGUAACGCGUGUGCGCGCGCGAGGUUAAAGAUACGAGACAUCGCUUCACCAUCGCUCAUUAUAGAAAUGCAUUUGUCUGUCACGCUUAACCAACAUUCUUUAUCAAGAAGAAACAGAAUAAAUUGAAAUAUGGUAACAAAUAUUA